CAUGAGAGACGAACGAAGUCAGAUAUCUGGAAGAGAGAGUACUCCCAGUUCAAUGAGAGAACAACGAAGUCAGAUAUCUGGAAGAGAGAGUACUCCCAGUUCAAUGAGAGACGAACGAAGUCAGAUAUUUGAUCGAAUGCGCAGUUCUAUACCAGACCAAAGAAGUCAUAUUUCUGAACGAGAUAGUAUUUACAGUUCAGAGCAGCACAGUCACGUAUCAGAAAGAGACAGUCACUUUAGUUCAAUACCAGAACAACGGACACAAACAUCGAGAAGUGAGAGUAGUCUUAGUUCAAUAGUAGGUCAACCGAGUGAGGCAUCUGUAUCUGAGAGUAUGCUUCGUUCUACUCCCGAUGAACAGCUUCAGAUAUCUAGAGGAGACAGUGUUCGUAGUUCAAUUCCCAGCCAGCGCAGUCAGAUAUCAGAUAGAUGGAAUACAUUUAGUUCUAUGCAAGACCAGCAGAAUCAGGUCUCUGGUACAGAGAGUAUUCUUAGUUCGAUACCAGAUCAGUGGAGUCGGGUAUUUCUCAGAGAGAGUAUUCAAAGAUCAGUACCAGACCAGUGGAGUCAGACAUCUGAAAGUGAGAAUAUUCGCCAAACUAUAGCACCUCAUUUGACAUACAUAUCUGCAAGAGAGAGUACUCCCAGUUUAAUAGUAGAACGAGGGAGUCAUACAUCUGAAAGUUCUAUAUCUGACCAGCGGAGCCAGAUUACUGGAAAGGAGAGUUUUGUCAGUUCAUUACCAGAUCAAGGAAGUCCAGUAACAGACCGACGGAGACAGGCGUCUGAAAGAGAGAGUAGUUUUAGUUCAGUUCCAGGUCACCGCAGUCAAAUAUUCCAAAGUGAGAGUAUUCCAAAUUUAGCAGCUGACGAAAUGAGCCACAUAUCUGGAAGUGAGAAAGUUUACACUCCUGUAUCUGACGAAUGGAGACAAUCAUCUAGAAAUGAAAGCAUUGUAAGUUCAACACCAUUUCAACGGAGUCAAAUAUCAGGAAGAGAGAGUACUCACAGUUCUAUUCCAGAGCAGCGGGGUUUGAUGUCUAAAAGCCAGAGUAUUUCCAGCACAAUUCAAGAUCAACUCAGUCAAAUAUAUGGAACCGAGAGUAUUCAUAGUGGAAUAGUAGGCCAAGGAAUGUCUUCAAUAGAGAGUGCUCCAGAUUCUGUACUUAGCAGAUAUAGUCCCAUGUCUGAAAGAGAAAGGUCUCCCAGAUCUGUGUCAGACCAGCAGAGUCAACUAUCUGAUAUAAAGAGUAUUCAUUCAAUACCAGAACAACAAAAUCAAAUACUAGAAAGAGAGAGACUACACAGUUCUAUUACGAGCCAACGAAGUCAGAUAUCUGGAAGAGAGAGUACACCUAGUUCAAUGAUACUUCAACGGAGUCAGAUAUCCGGAAGAGAGAGUAUACCUGGUUCCAUGAUGGACCAGCGGAGUCAGAUAUCUGGAAGAGUGAGUACUUCCAGUUCAAUGAGAGACCAACGAAGUCAGAUAUCUGGAAGAGAGAGUAUUCCUAGUUCAGUGACAGACCAGCGGAGUCAGAUAUCCGAGCGAGAGAGUACCUCCAGGUCAAUGACAGACCAACGAAGUCAGAUAUCUGGAAGAGAGAGCACUCUCAGUUCAACGACAGACCAACGAAGCCAGAUAUCUAGAAGGGAGAGUAUUCCUAGUUCAAACCAGCGAAGUCAGAUAUCUGGAAGAGAGAGUACCCCCAGUUCAAUGAGAGACCAACGAAGUCAGAUAUCUGGAAGAGAGAGUACCCCCAGUUCAAUGAGAGACCAACGAAGUCAGAUAUCU